UGCAAAUUCGCUUUGUGCUUCUGCGACUGCUAGUUAGUAGGAGUAGGUUAGGUUAAUAACUUUUAUAAGUUUUCGUAUUGUUGUCAGGCAGGACCUAUUAUUAGAAUUGGACAUGGAUUUGGCAAUAUUCUUUGGCACAAUACUCUAAAUUUGUUAUGACUUUUGACAUACGACUAUUUAAAUCAUGUCAUUAGGGGUGCUAUGGAACUCUAAUAUUCUUUCUCUUUAUAAUAAAGUUUUCAUUCAUUCAAGGAAUCUGUACAUAUUUAAUACUACUAAUGCUGCAAACAAAUCUCUCUCAAAACAAGGAAAAAUAUUUAGUAAACUUAUUUUUGGAGCAAAAAAGAAAAGAAAAUUUAUCUUCGAUCAAUCACAAGGACCAGCUGGAAACAAACUUAGCGUGGGUCAACAUUUGAAAUACAACAAGGAGAAUAGCAGGAGGAUUGCGGUUUUAAACACACUUUUUAUGAAGCACAUUUCCGAUCUUCUAGUCACUGGCAACAUAGGGGUCGAUGUGAUUGGCAGAGGCUUAGAAAUAUCUAGAAUUUCUAUGAACCCGAACUUCAAUCAGCUGAAUGUAUUCUGGGGCUGUAACAAGGAUGAGAAUGUAGCAGAUCUUGAAAGUGUCUUACCAAAUGUCGGCUAUACCUUGAGACAUGAGCUGAGCCAGCUGAAAGUAAUUGGAGUUGUCCCGAGAAUACUUUUCAUUAAAGACAAACACUUCACGGAUGGAGCAAAAGUAGACUAUCUCCUACGCAUAGCAGACUUCGGAGAUGAUCAUGAACCAAAAGAGCUAGAGUCUGACUUUAAAAUUGAUUCUACUGUUUCUCCUCAAAGUAAAUCAAGUCAAGAACAAACAGUAGAAGAAAUACCUGUAGAAGAUGUAGAAGUAAUGCCACCAAUGAGUCAAGAUACUUUCAAUCUGGACCAUCAAUACAUUAUGCAUAAGAUUUUGAAAAGAAUGCAGAAAUCCAGAGCCAUUCACAGGUUCGAACCGAAUUUAGCAAUUGAUAGCGAUGGUCACAGUAUCACAUCCAACACACUAGAGGUGGCGGAUAUGACGAAAGAGGAGAGAAAAGAGGCUUUGUCAAGGUUUAUUCUGUCACGUAAAAUUUUAAGAGAGAAGAAGAUGAAGAAUAAAUACAGUUGUGAUAGAGAGGUUAAUUUAACAAACGAAACAGCCAGUGAAGAUAUUGAAGAUGAAGAUUAUGAUGUGGACGAUUAUGUAGAGGAGGAUUUUGAAGAGGAGAAAUUUAGAGGAUAGUCUCGGAAUUAGUUUAGUUGUAAAUACUGCAAAUAAAUAUAUGUGUAUAUAUUCUGA